GAGAGAGAGCGCGCUUGGAUAAGUUGAGAGACCAAGAUAAUUAAAUUUAACUCCUCCUGGUUCCCACUCCUGCGUUGACAAACAAGGGAUGUUUUGAUUGUGGUUUCUAGCCCUGUUGGAAGUGGAGGGAGGUGCUGAAUGGAGACAAAACUGAGAUGGAAGCAAACUAUUCUUGUGCCCUCUGGCACCUGUUUCCAAGCAAUGACCUCAAAGGCCAAGAAGCGGGUGGUACUCCCCACACGCCCUGAGCCCCCCAACACAGAGCAGAUUCUUGAAGAUGUCCAGCGUGCCCAGCCUAACGACCCCGUUUUUGUCCUCCUGGUGGAGCCCAAUGAAGAUUUGCCCACCCCCACGAAGAAUGAAGAUCCAGAGGCCAAGAGGGAGCGCCUCUACCGGCUGACCCAGUCCUACGUGGAGAUGAAUCACCGCCUCCAGAAGGCCUGCAGUUUGCUCAAGGAGAAGUGCGAGGAGCUGAAACUGGCCGGAGCAACCCUGGAGCAGGGCAUUUUAGAGAUGAAGCAGAGGGCUUUGUGAGA